AUGCCAUCUAAUAAGACAAUUGAGACGAAGAAUGCGAUUGCGGAUCAAAUGGAUGACACAAUUGACAACAAAAGCGACCAUUUGGUGACAAACAAGUGUCUGAAUGACGAGGAAUUGUGCCAAACGGACGACCAGCUGAUGGACAGCGCGAGGCUUGUCGUCGUCGACAGCGGAUGCGAUGACACGUCCGGUCAGACGAUGACAAUCGACGGCCAACUUGUGAGCGAAGGACACGAGUCGGCGGCGAAGGGCGAGACUCCGGAACCGAUGCCGUAUUGCAGUGGCGGCGGAGCCGCCAAAGAGCCAGUCCUGACGUAUCAACUGAAAUGGAUUAAUUGGGGAUCCGUUAAGACACCGAUCAUAACCCAGAACCUGAACGGCCCGUGUCCUCUGUUGGCCAUCAUUAAUGUCUUAAUCCUUAAACGCAAAAUACAAUUGCCAUCAAUGAUGGAUGUGAUCACUGAUGAUCAGCUGAUGGAGUAUUUGGGCGAUUGUAUUAUCAGUAGUGUUCCUAAGAAUAUUCCGGAAGGCGUUCAACUCAAUUACGAGCAGAACUUUAUGGACGCGAUGCAGAUAUUGCCUAAACUGCCAAAAGGACUCGACGUUAAC